AUGGGCGCGAUAUCUGUCGCAGAGGACGAGGCCACUGAUGCGCCUCAAGAGCAAUAUUAUGGCAACUCAUCUACAGUAUCAUUCAUGCGCCUCGCAAGAGAAUCUAUGCCCAUCCAAACACAUCUACAAGCUCUGAAGCGAAUGGAAAAUGAUGCACCAGAUGCUUCCCAACGAGACACGGGACUAUGGAAAGACUGUAACGUCCCCACGCUGGGACUCCAAUUCGAUGACUUUUCUUUACCUCCUCGAGCCCUCGCAGACCAUCUCCUUGAGUGUUACUGGGAAAGGGUCCACUGUCUAUAUCCAUUCUUCCACCGUCCGAGCUUUGAACAGGCAUACGAAAAUCUAUGGGGAUCGACCAAGUGGCCGAAACCCGAACUACCCGAGCUCAACAUUGGACUGGGCGGCUCCUAUGAUUCGGGCCCUCAGUCCAUUGUCUUCCACUGUGCUCUCAAUGCUAUCUUUGGCUUAGGCUGUCAUUUCUCGGAUAUCCCUGUCACAGAGCGCGAGGCAGCUGUGUACACAUUUUUCCUUCGGGCGAAGCGGUUUGUUGGCCUUGACCUGCUAGAUUGUGGAACUAUUGGAGUUGUACAGACGCUACUCAUUAUUGCAAUUUUACUUCAAAGCACACCGUACCCGAUGCGAUGCUGGAAUAGUAUCGGCGUUGCUUGCCGUGUUGCUCAGGGUCUUGGUCUACAUGAGGAAUCUUCUCAGCGAUCUAUCGAGCCACUGGAAAAAGAGAUACGGCGACGUACCUGGCACGGAUGUGUUAUUAUGGAUAUGUAA